AUGGCAGACGAUUUGGUCAGAAACUGCUCUUCCACGGAGACUCUGACAUCCUUCCAGGUGCUGUGUGACAUGGAGACCAGCGGAGGAGGCUGGACCGUUAUCCAACACCGGAGAGACGGCUCUGUGGAUUUCCAACGCACCUGGAAGGAAUAUAAACAGGGCUUUGGGUCCCCAUCUGGAGAGUACUGGUUGGGCAAUCAGUUCAUCCACUUGCUCACCACACAGAACCGCUACUCCCUCCGGAUCAAGCUCCAAGACUGGGAGAACAAUGAGGCUUAUUCUGCCUUUGAGCAUUUCCAAGUAGACUCCGAGGAGCAGAACUAUCGACUUUAUGCAAGGAGAUACAGUGGAACGGCCGGACGCACCAGCAGUCUCAGCCCCUCCGGAACCGACUUCAGCACCAAGGAUGCUGACCAUGAUCGAUGCGCGUGCAAAUGUGCCCAGAUGGCAGGUGGAGGCUGGUGGUUUGAUGCUUGUGGACCUUCUAAUCUGAAUGGCAUCUAUUACCCUCCCAAUCCUGCCACAAUUAGAUACAACGGCAUGAAGUGGCACUACUGGAAAGGGCCCGGGCAUACCCUCAAAGCAAGCACCAUGAUGAUCCGUCCGGUGGAUUUCAGAGAGCAGCAGCAAGGGGGGAUGCUGUGA